AUGAGGACGAAAAGUGGGUCAGACGAAGAGUGGUCCUACCCACUGAUGAGGAAUCUGAAGAAGAAAUCGCACCGAAUUGGCGAUUCAAAAAGACGAUGCAAGUUCCCGAAGCUCAAAGACAUAGCCGAGCCGGAACUCAAACUUCGGCUUCAAGCCCAAAGCAGACCUGCGAAGCCAGCUGAGGCUCCGGUGAAGAAGGGGAAGCCAGCUCCCUUGAAUAUUCCAGCUUCAGCUUCGACCAAGCUGCCGGAGCCCGAGAAACCAAAACCGGAAGAGCCGAAAGAGCCACCCAUGGUGUUCUACGGUGAAAGCUUCACGCUGGCCGAGCCGAAAGCAAAGAAGCCUGAGCCUAAGAAAGGCAUUAGCGGUAAAAAAACUCGGAAACUUGCUUCAAAGCCGUCCGAGGACGAGGUGCCAUGUGAGGAGAUCGGGAAACCGGCAGCCAAAAAGGACCCGAAGAUUGCGUUCAAGGAACCGGAGAAAGCGGCUGUUAAGCCGGCAACAAAGCCGGGCGAAGCGGCUUCAAAAGACCCAAAAACUGCUCUCACGACAAAGCCUGGAGACCUGAAGAAACCUGAAGUGACUGGGACAACCAAGCCAGUGGCCAAACCGGCUUCAAAAGCCCCGUCCAAGCCAAGUUUCGAUGAGGAGAUUCCGUGCGAAGAUUUGGGAGGCCCAGCCCCGACCAAGAAAACGCCGACUAUAAACUUUAAAGAACCAGUGAAGCCAGUUGGAAAAGCGGCUGAGCCGGUCAAGCCGGUUGCGAAGCCUGCAGAAGCUGCAAAGCCGGGCACGAAGCCAGCUGAGCCCGCUAAGCCAGUAGCAAAGCCAGGCGAAGUCGCCAAGCCGGGCUCCAAAACAAUUCCGAAAUUAAAGCUGCCUGGAGAUGAACCGGAAGCUGCAGCCACGUUGUCUUUGCCGAAAAAACCGGCAGCAACAUCCAAGAAGCCGGUAGAUGGCGAAAUCCCUGCUGAUCUCUUGUCUGAAGCUCCCAAAAAGCCGGCAGUAACUCCCAAGUUCAAACCACCAGGCGAGGAACUGAAGUCAGCAACUGUUGAGACCUACGCUAAGCCGGUUCCAAAGCUCAAAACCGAGCCGGAAGCUGAUGCGACGCUGCCCUUGCCGAAGAAGCCGGCGGCUGCCAAGCCCAUUACACCAGUAAAACCUGGGGACAAGGAGGUUCCCGCUGAACCUCUUGGUGUCGCUCCAGCUAAGAAGGCCACGCCGCUGCCGAAGUUCAAGGAUCCGAGUGAGGAGUCGAAGCCUGUAGCCGCCAAGCCAGUCGCCAAGCCUGGAGACCAGGAAGUUCCGGCUGAACCACUUGGAGGUCCACUGAAAAAGAUGACGCCAGCUCCAAAAUUCAAGGAUCCGAGUGAGGAACCUAAACCUUUAGCUGCAAAGCCUGCUGUUUCUGCGGCAAAGCCAGUAGCAAAGCCAGCUACGCCAGCCAAACCUGGAGACAAGGAAGUUCCGGCUGAGACGCUGGGAGGGUCCAGCAAAGAAAGCGGAACCUACGCCGAAAUUCAGGGAUCCAAG